CUAUUAUAUAACGAUUUCUUGCUAUUUUGAACAUCCAGGGGCAGACGGAGCUCCGGCAGCAGCCUCCCAGCCACUGCGCAUAUCUGUGCCCCACAUCAGCUCCUCCGGUUCGGGCACCGUCGUCAUCCGGCGGCGGAGCGCAGCGCAGCGCACAUCCUGGUUACUGUGAGCGGCGACACAGGUUCUGUUUAAAAAAAUAAAUAAAUAAGAAAAAAAAAAAUCUGCACCGUCAUGAUUGGGAAGGCCCCGGAGCCAGAUGCUGGAAUGGAUGAAGCAGCUGAGUGUGCAGUUGGACGCCGGGGUUAAAAUCACUUCCUGAUUAACCCUCUGCCGACCAGCAGGAGGAACUACUGCGCGGCGGGCUGGAGGAGGACGAGGAGGAGGAGGAGGCUGGGGAGAAAAACUGACACGUGGAUUACUCCUCCUCGGGCAUCAGGACAAACAGACUCCCUCCUCUGAGCUCAGUUCCGUACACGGUGACCAUCGCCUCCUGUCAGUCCAGAUUUACAGGUUAUGGGAUUGAACCGUCGAAAAACCUACGAUGUGAUUGCGCGAAUACUUUACGAGAAGAUUUGUGGGUUUUUUUUUUUUUCUUCUUUUCUCUCUCUCUCUGGCUGUCUUCCUGUAAAACGUUCACUUCUGAUCGGCCGUUAAAGAAAGUAAGUGAGCGGUUUGAAGAGAGGCUGCCGUCCGUCACCUCGCGUUGAAUGGCAGUUAUUCAAAAAUAUGGCAAGAACUAUAGUCCAGAUUUGGUCUGUCACAAGGAAAACCAUCCGUCGGACAAGAUCGGAGUCCCUGGAUGUCACAAGAAGUGGCCUGAACACAACACCAACUGGCCGAGGCCAGUGGCGAGGGUAUGGACGGUGGUGCUGCUGCUCGGGACGUGCCUCCUCUACUGUGCCCGGGUGGCGAUGCCCAUCUGCGCCGUCAGCAUGGCCGAGCAGUUCAGCUGGAGCAAGAGGGAGUCCGGCAUGGUGCUGGGCAGCUUCUUCUGGGGCUACUGCUUCACCCAAGUGUUCGGUGGCUACGUCAGCGACCGGGUGGGAGGUGAGAAGGUCCUCCUGCUGUCGGCUGCAGCCUGGGGGUCAAUGACGGCCUUCACCCCUGUCCUGGCCCACUUCUGCUCCCAGCCCAUCCUCUCCAUGACCCUCGCCCGCUUCCUCAUGGGCCUGUUGCAAGGAGUUCAUUACCCUUCUCUGGCGAGUCUGUGCUCUCAGAAGGUGGUGGAAAGCGAAAGAGGCUUCCUCAUGAGCACUGUGGGUAGUGGCUCCUACCUGGGCACUCUGGUGAUUGGAGGAGCCGGCUCCCUCAUGUUGGACCUGUACGGCUGGGAGAGUGUUUUCUACAUUUCUGGUCUCCUCUCAGUCCUGUGGGCUUACUGCAUGUGGAAAUAUCUACUCAAAGGAGAAGGGCCUAUAAUCACCCUGGAGUCACUGGGCAGCGGUGGGGCCCCGUCCAAACUGUCCAAGAGACAUUGGUUACGUCUCUUCAAACAACCUGCAGUCUGUGCUGUGAUAGUGACGCACCUUUGCACAGCAAGCACCUUCUUCACUCUUUUGUCGUGGCUGCCAACAUUCUUUAAAGACACCUUCCCCGAUGCUAAGGGCUGGGUGUUCAACGUCAUUCCUUGGUUGGUGGCCAUACCCUCGUCCCUGUUCAGCGGCUGCCUAUCUGACCACCUCAUUAGCCAAGGUUUCGAUACAGCCUCAGUGAGGAAGUUGAUGCAGUUUUUCUCCAUGGGUGUGUCCAGUGUGUUUACCCUUCUUCUGUGUGGCAACACCACCUUCCCCUGGGCUGUAGCAUUUGUGUCUGCCACCAUGGGUCUCACCACCUUCAGUCACAGCGGUGUCUCCGUAAAUGUUCAAGAUCUUGCCCCGUCCUGUGCCGGAGCUUUAUUCGGCGUUAUGAACACAUGUGGCGCUUUCUCAGGGGUCCUAAUGGUGUAUUUCUCGGGGUAUCUCAUCGAGGCUACAGGCUCGUGGGCGUCUGUCUUUGCCCUCAUCACCACAGUCAACCUGCUGGGCCUCUGCACCUUCCUGGCCUUUGCUGAGGCCCGCCGGGUCGACAUUGACUCCAGUCGAGUCCGCCACCACAACAUCCACAUCUAAAUCAUCAGUCCUCAGAGGGGACCAGAAUGCUAUUCCCAGGGGGACGUGUGACCUUGGGCAACCAGCAGCUAGGACACUAUCCACAGUGGAGCACUAUCCGAUGCAUAGCGAGCUGUACGAGGAUAGAACCUGCAGACGACAUCUGGCAAAAGCAUGAUCAGCUCUGUGUCUGACUGAGGAAGUACUGCAACAGCUAUCGAAAAGCACACAGCAGAGCCUGCACAAUGUUACCGAAAAGUCUCGUGGAGCUGCAGCCUUAAAUCCUGGAAAAACACAGUUGUGUUAGAGAAGGCUCUGUUAGUUCAGGAAGAAGGUGGAAGAAUAUGGAUUGGAAAAAAACAAAACAUCCACACUACCUCCUGGUCCCAGCUGUGUGAAGCGUGUGAUGUUUGAGCAAAUUCUAGAAAAACUGUUUAUACGUGUCAUUUGUUACAGACUGUGUUACUUAGGUCUAGAAAAGUCACCGAGAUUAUUAGAAAGCCAUAGCUCACUGUUUUAGUGCGUGUGUUGAAGGGGGCUGUGGGAGUGAUGGAUGUGUUAGUCUCAGGAGCUCUCUGACAGCUGUGACAGACCAAGGUGGUGUGUUCUUACCCUGCGGGGAUGGGGGAGGCGGUGUGGGUGACGCAGUGAGAGUCCAGCCUCUCAUACCUGAAGUCUUUUAUUAGUACGCCCCACUCACCCAUCACUGAGAGAACUGUCUGAGUGACACCUCAUUACCCAGGCACUAAUUACUUGGCAGGCACUCUAAUGUCCUGUACAAUUUACCUUCUGUGGUCCCUGUCUCCAUGGUUACAAGCUCAUCUUAUGGUUUCGAAGGGGUGGGGGGGGGGUCGCAAAGCUUUAUGGCAGCGAGGCUUCGACAAAGUACGCCGAUUGUUGUCUCAGAGAGUAUGUUUUUGAGUUGGAAGACCAAAGGUUAUUAAUAAAUUAAAUUAACUGUAUUUUCUUUCAAUGUGAUUGCAUGUCAUAGAAAUACCUCACUUAAUUGUUUUCAAUUGCCUUUAUAUUUAUAUGGCUUAAUGAGUUUCAAAAGUUUUUUUUUUUAAAGAGAAAAGAAAUAUAUUAGGAUGACAGAAAAUCAGAUCAGUGUGAUGCAGUAUGGGAGACUCAAAUGCACCUCGUUGUGCGUGUAUUUUAUCCUCACGUAAAGAAACUCGUCAUCGUCUUGGGGAAAACUUCACAUGCAAACAAGGCAACUUUUUGUGUUGAGUUGAGGAGGGACGCGCCCUUAUUAUCGCACCUUUGUAACCUCGGCACUUAAAAGAAACUGAUGUCAGUAUUUGGUAUGGAGGUGGACAUCGCUAUCCACUUGUCAUGGCGGUAACAGAGGUUGUGUCCUCUCGUUAAGGCUGCCUCCAGGUUACCAUGCUGAUAUGAUGAAUGUUGCCGGACGGGCGAGAUCAUUACAAGUGAUGUCUUGGGUUGAGUGCAGUUAAAGAAUUAGAGACUACCUGGUGUAAUGAUGUUACAGUUGCCAGCUGCACGAUUCUGACUGAAUGUUGAAAUGAUUGUUUGUAGCAUUUAGCUUUGAUGUUCAGAGCACAGUUUCACAAUUUCCGUUCGACAUUUGGAAGAUGUAUUAUUAAGUCUAGAUGCUUACUUGACAUGUGUACCUUUUUAAAUCUAUGCAUUUAUUAUUUUGUGCCUGAUUUGAGCAAUGAAAGAGCUGCAAGAUAUGCUCGUUGUGGUAGCACGGUGUUGAUUAUCCAUCAUAUUUGCCUUCUUUGUAAGAUUUUCAUUGCUUCUGUGUCACUUAUUAUUGUUCACAUACAAUGGCACAUAGGCUUAUGGUUUCUUGGAGGAUUUUUUUUUAAUAGAAAUGUGGAAGUAUACACUUGGGUCAAACAUUUUGUGGGACAGAUUUGAUUUCUGAACUGCCUAUUGCAUCCCUGACAUUGUCAGUUGUUACCAAAAUGUCAUAGUUUGAAAGUAAUUAGAUUUAUUUAAGUGUUUGCUCUCUGUUUGUCAGAGUACGGAUAUAAUUAUUCUGUAUAACAUUAUUAGAUUAUAUUAGUGUGACACAUAAACCUAUUGACUGGCUAAAUAGAAUAGUUUAUUUUGAUAGCUGAUCUGAAAUCUGAUAUCACAAAGCAUAUUUAUUUACAUAAGACCACUGUAAAAAAAAAAACACAAAAGACCAGCCUUCAGUAUUUUUCUCAGCCUUUUUUUUUUUUUUUUGUGACAAACCCAGUCCACACAUUCCUGAGAUGCUUGCCCUGCCUCUAUUUACAACUGCUCUCAUCUGUUGUCCCUCUUUUUUUCCCCCUUAUUAUGUUGACAUCCUGCAAACAUGUACAUGAUAAAUAGAUAGGAGUUGUGGUCACCAACAUAUUUUACUGUGGGUUCCUGAAAAGCCUUCUGAAAACUAGUUUUUUGAUAACCUGUAAAGUAUGUAAGAUAUAAAAAAAAAAAAAGAAAUACACAAAUGCAAGAAAAUGCGGUAUUCGAAUGCAUUUAAGAUAUGUUGUAUUUAAAAGCUCUUCACUUUGAAUAAAAAUCUAUUUUGUCAACACUG